AUGGGUUGGCUAUGGAAUAGCAGUCCGGCCCCGGCCGAGCAGGCGCAGAAAAAGGAGCCAUCAGCCCCGGCGGCAAGCAAUUCAAACCCAUUCCCACCAAAUACUACAGAAAACCCUACAGCUCAGAGAUCUCAGAAACCUUUAGGCCGCGAUGAGCUUGCAGAAGCUGAGCUGAACGAGCUGUUAAAGUCGCUGGAUAACUCUUCCUCGUCUACUGAACAAAAUGCGCCAUCCACCUCUAAAUCCCGAACCUCCAAGCAAUUGCUCUCACAAUCUAUGGACUUUGAAUCUCCAUCUACACAAUUCCAGGCGGAACCCCUCUACCCGAAAACCAUGUCUUGCCGCACCGCUUUUGAUUACGCGUAUUUCUGCCAGUCCUUUGGAGGCCAAUGGGUGAACGUCUAUCGAUACGGUGAACUCCGGUCCUGCAGUGAGCAUUGGUCCGACUUUUGGUUCUGUAUGCGCUCGAAGUCACUCCCCGACGAGGAAAGAGAGAAAGCCAUUUCUGAUAGAUAUAGGAGGAAAGCUAUCAAGUACAAGACUGGCCCCAGUAGUGAAGACGUCUGGGAACUUAGAAAGGAGCCAGUUAUAGGAGCAUUCCAAGGGGACUAUCUCGCUUUUGAGCGGGAGAUGGAACAGUUAAAAAAGCAAGAAAACGGCACAGAAGUGAAUAGAGAAAAUGCAAUGAAAGCUUGA